UGGGUUUUGUGGUAGGUGAGAGUGAGAGACACGAGGAGAUUCUUCAAUGUCUUCUUUUCGUCUGGAACUGUUUCAAUCUUCUAUUUGUUCUCUUAUUGAUGCCUUCUCAUGAUUGAUACAGCUUCGCGUGCUUGAACGAUCAUAUCUCACUAUUUACAACAGUCUCUGUCACCAUCACCCUCACCAUCACGCUUUUCUAUCUAGGUCGACAAUAACCCGAUCUCUCACAAGAUAGACAGAUUCCUAUAGCUCUAACAUACCACCACCUUCGUCAUCCCUCCCUUCACCCAUCCAGCCUGUUACACCCCCAUCUCUCCAUCAAAAUGCCCACCAUCCAACACGCAUCUCCCACAACCAUCUCCUUAAACUCCCUCCUCUCCGACUCAAUCCCCUUCUCUACACUCGAAGCAGCCUUCGGCCCAACAUCCCUAGGAAUUCUCGUCGUAACAGAUCUACCUAAAACAUUCCCCCAACUGCGCAGCACCGUCCUCUCCAACUCAUCACGACUAGCAGCGCUCGCACCCGAGAAACUCGAGUCCUUGACAGACGAAAAGGCAAAAUACCUAGUCGGAUGGAGUCACGGAAAGGAAACACUGCGACCAGGUGUCGUCGAUGAUAAGAAAGGGAGUUUCUACAUUAAUUGCGCGUUCGCGUCGAAGGGGCAGUCCAAUGGAACAAACACUGAAACAGAAUCGAGCGACGACGCACAUCAAAAUGAUCUUACUCAGUUUCCCGAUUUUCCUGAAUAUACAGCACCGAGUCUCUGGCCUGCGGAAGGUGAUAUUCCCGGCUUUAGAGAUUCAGCUGAGGAAUUGAUCAGCUUGAUCAUCGAUGUUGCGGUAUUGGUGGCACGGGCUUGUGACCGAUAUGCAGAGGCAGAAAUUGAUGGUUAUGAACCUGGUUAUUUGGAAAGAGUUGUCCGUGGUAGUCGCACGAGUAAGGCGAGGUUGCUGCAUUAUUUCCCUGAUGAUAGUGAUGGGCAGGAGGAGACGGAGGUGGAUAAGAUCGAUGGUGAUGAAGGCAAAGAUCAAAAAUUCAAUGAUACUUGGUGCACGACACAUCUCGAUCAUGGAUGUUUGACGGGGUUGACCUCGGCGAUGUUUUUGGAUGAAAAUUCGGAGGAAUAUCAAUUGUCCUCUUCGUCAUCUUCAACGCCAUCAUCACCGACUUCCACUUCAACCGCAUCAUCACUUCUUUCGCCCCUCCCCGAGCUACCCACAUCACCAGACCCAACGUCAGGACUUUACAUUCACAGUCGAAACGGGGAUAUCGUCAAAGUCGCGAUUCCCCGCGACAGUCUAGCGUUCCAAACCGGCGAGACACUGCAAUUGAUGACCAAGGGCAAAUUUAAGGCAGUGCCGCAUUUUGUCAAGGGUGUCGAGGCAAAGAAUCUUGUUGAAAACAAAAAGAGAAGGAUUGCGAGAAAUACACUGGCUGUUUUUACACAGCCUAACCUAGCUGAUGUUGUGGAUUUGGAUACGGGGUUGACGUUUGGGGAGUUUGCGAGGGGCGUGGUUAAGAAGAAUACGACGACGGGGACAAUUGCGCCGAUUGCGAGUUGAACGACGCAGACGAGUGGAGAGUUGAGUCUUGAGUCUUGCUGACGAGGAUACUGGGUAUCAAGUCAUGAAGUCCGGGUUCACGACAGAAGAAGAUCGUUCACACACGCUCAGAAUGAAACAGGAGUCCUAACAAAAGCAGGCUUCAUGCCUGAUUAUACUCAUUGAUCGAUCGUACUGUAAUGUCACGACCUCUGAACACACAUUCGUCUCAGGAAAGCAUGCGCCUGAUACCGGCGAAAGAUGUGACACUGACAUGUGCGUCCUGCCCUCACCAGAGGCUGACCUCGUCUCGAAAAUUGUUUCUGCCGCACAAAAGCAAAGCCGGCUUUGCAUGAAUCCAUUCAAUCUUUG